AUGGCUCCCGUUCCAGUUGAAGACGUCUUUGACAUUCCAGGCGCGUCAGUGGAGGUGCGGGACAUCGACGGCAUUCCUGGAAUUUCGAUCGAAGCUCACGCGCCCAACGAAGACUACACUGCCAAUACCCCGCCAUCCGUUAGCUACAACAACCUCAUUGCUCGAUCCGACUCUACGUCCACAUCCACAUCAACCGCCAAGUAUGGCCAAGGCACAAUCGAUCCAACGAGCAUCAAGAUGCAGGGCCUAUUGGCUCUAUUUGCCCUCAUUGGCGCAGCAUUCGUCUUAGGUGCCAUUUGGUUCUUCUUCUGGGCCAAGAACGGUGGCUUCCAUUGGCGAAAGGGUGACUGGGACGAUUACAAGUCGACUGUUCUCCGCCGUAAAGGCCCAGACGGUCGCACCCUCAGUAAUGCCACCAAGAGUACCAAGCUCGGCGGCGGCAGUGUCGUGGGCAAAGGGUACAGCGACGACGGAUACACCUACACAGAUGAAUCAUACACGCAAACCGCAUCGACAAUCAUGACAGAAGAACAGCCAAAACGCAAGCGCAACUUCAAAGAGAAAAUCCUUCGACGUCGCCAGGAUGACCGCUGGGAGGGCGAAGGAGAUGACGACGUCCGCGCAUACCGCGAGGAGAAGCCGGCACGGAUUGGCGGUAUGAACCGCGAAGCCGACGGGACAUACCACGGCAGUGACUAUGACUCCUCCGCCCCGCCUACACACUACAACCGCAGCGAUAUGAGCGAAGUCCGCGACUACGCUUACGAAAAGCCGCGUCGCUCCAAGACAAAGCAGAAGCGCAGCGCAUCUGGCUUCUCCUUCACUGCCGGCAGCGAAGAUGUGCUUAGCCAGACUACGGAGGAACACCAAUUGCGCGACCCGGCUACCCGUCGUGACCGAGACCAGGAGCGGGAGGCUCGUCGUGAAGCCCGUCGUAGGGAUCGACGAAAUGCUGCCGCCGCAGCUGCGGCUGCGUCUUCGGCCCCUUCAUCUCGUGCUAGUAGCCCGCGCAAGAAGGACACCCGCAAUAUGCCCGGUCACUUUACCGAGCCGCUGGACUUCUCGUCAUCCGGUACUCGCUCUGAGUACCAGUACUCUAACGUCGAUACUGAAGAUUCCGGUACCAAGAGCUACCACCACCCGAUUGCGGGUCUGAGCAAGGGUUAUCGCCGCGAUGAUCGCCGUGACGGCCGGAAAAGUCGCCGCCGUGACAGUCUGAGUGACAGCGAUGGUGAUGAGACCCGGUACUCUUAA